AUGCCUGCUCCUGAAAAACUGGAAAUUCGGAAGAUGUUGGUCGAUGUGAAAAAUCGUAUUAAUCGUGAAACAGGUGCUGUUGGUAAAAUUUAUACAGAAGAAAUUUCUCGUGCUAAUCUUUCAACUACUGCACUUGCUAUUGCAAAUACAGCUAAACAAGCAAAUCGUGGUUUAGAUAAAGUUCGUCGAAAAAAUACACCUGUUCUUCCAUCAUCGAUGGAUUUUGAUAUUCCAUCACGAUAUAAAAAAACAACUGAUGGUCGACGUUAUUUACUUGCUGAUAAAGUUCAACAUGUUGGUGAAGAUGUCGAAAAACGUAUUCUCGUUUAUUCAACUGACAAACAACUCCGUCUUCUUUUUACAUCAUCACACAUUAUGAUGGAUGGUACAUUUGCCAGUUGUCCACUACAUUUUGAUCAAAUUUACUCAAUUCAUUGCAUGAAAAAUAAUCAAAGUUGUCUUUGUGUUAUUGCUCUUAUGUGUGGUCGGUCCAGUGUUAUUUAUAAAGAAUUGUUUUCAAUUCUGAUUCAUCAUGCUCAUCGUCUUCAAAUGAGAUUUCAUCCUACAACGAUAACAACUGAUUAUGAAUUAGCUAUGGUUAAAACAAUAGCUGAAGAAUUUCCAAAUGCACGACAUAUUGGAUGUUAUUUUCAUUUUACGAAUUCAAUUAUCAAACAAAUUCAAUGUCUUAAUUUAACUACCGUGUAUCGUGACGACGAGCAUGCACGUUCUACUACACGUCAAUUAAUGACACUUCCUUUUAUUCCCCUUGAUCAUACACGAUAUAUCUUUGAUAAAAUUGCUGAUACAGCACCUCGUGUAAUGAAACCAUUGAUCAGUUAUUUUGAAAAUUAUUGGAUUAGAAAAAUGCGUUGGAGUUUAUGGAAUGUUCAUGGGGUGGAACAUCGUUGGAAUCAUCGGUUCAACCGAUUGGUUGCAAAAUUUCAUCCCAACGUAUGGCAUUUAUUUGAUUGCUUUCGUACUGAAGAAGUUUGUGUUCGGCAAGCAAUGUUGAAGAUGACUAUGGGGGAGAAGAAACAAACUAAGAAGAAGACAGCUGAUUUUCAACAACGACUUGAUUCACUUCAGUCACAAUUUGAUGACAAAAUGAUAACAAUUGAUGAACUUUUUGAAGGAUUAAUUCUAUUGGUGGCAACAAAAAAUUGA